UGGAACGACUUGUCCUUACAGGUGUCACUGACAUUCGAGGACGUGGCUGUGCUCUUUACCUGGGAUGAGUGGAGAAAGCUGGCUCCUUCUCAGAGAAACUUGUACCGGGAUGUGAUGCUGGAGAACUAUAGGAACCUAGUCUCACUUUGUAAGAAUGGAUU